AUGGGUACAAAUCCUUCCAUUUCUCAGAUGCUUCAUGCGCAGCCUUUAUCAAGUGUCGAGACGGAAGACAUCCACCUACCAAAGCAACCGACAAUGCGUCUGGCAACCCUUGCCUGUUUCUGUAUCUCCGCUGCCAGCGCUGUAAAGCACUAUGGCAUGGACCCCUCCGAGGACACGCGCAACCUGAUUGAGGAGCACGCUAGGAAGCUCCUAGACAAUGAUAUGAGGCUCGUCUCUGUCUUUACGACAGACUACCAUCAUACCCAUGAUGGAUCCGAUUUUCUGUCGUCGGAGAUGGGUAUCUUCAAUAAGACAAUUUCUGAAAUUUUUGUCUCUUCGACCCACGGUUCCAGCGAAAGCGCCCUUGAAGUCAGGGAUAAUAUUAAUGGCAAAUGCCAGGGCCAUGGUCGAAUUGAAGAUAAUUUGAGCGACUUCCAGAUCAAGAUGAUCUGCGGCGCCAUUAGCCAAGCUGCAGGCGGUGGCGUGAGCGCCAUCAUCGAGGUUAUUGAGAGCAACCUUUGCACUGAAGCUGGAACGGGCCAUCCAGUACCAUCCUGCAAGACGAUUGUUGGGUUCAUCAAGACUACGAGUGCGGGAUUUACUGGUCUGGAGAUUAACAAUUAUUGUCCUGAUUUCAUGAGUCUUUUUGUGAAGUGCAAGGGUUCCGACGCGAAGGCCUUUGCAGAGGACAAAAAGAUUGAGAUGACUGCAUUUAACAGUCAGAAGGAUUACAACUGUGACAACGCUGGGGUGAAAUGCAUUGAGGCGAGUGUGUAA